GGCGUGCCUCGUCUACCCAGUCUGAAGGCACGAAAUGCCGGGAAACAUGUACAACCUCCUCCCCGCCGAGACCCGGACGCGCAAAUGGCCUCGGAACCCACUCUCUCCUCCCUCGCCGCGCUCGCAGAGACCUCUGCGGCCGUAGACGAUGAGGGCUUCUCUGCGGACCCCUCAUCCUCGCGUGGCGCGCCGAAGACAAAGGAGCAGCUCCGCCGCCACUAUAUCCGUGCCUUGCACAAAGUGAUCGACGAGAGCGACAUCGUGAUCUUGGUACUUGAUGCGCGCGAUCCGGAGGGCUGCAGAAGCAGGCUCGUGGAAGAGGAAGUCCGCCGGAGGGAAAGCGAGGGCAAGAAGCUGGUCUUUGUGCUCAACAAAAUCGAUCUCAUCCCGCGCGAGAACGCCCAAGCAUGGCUCCGGUACCUCCGACAUUCCACCCCCACGCUUCCAUUCAAGUCCGCGAAUCAGAAUCAACGCACGAACCUGUCCUCGUCUACCGCCCCCGGCCUGAUGCGUCUGCUGAAGGCGUACAAGCCCAGCGCGCAGAGCAUCACCGUCGGCGUCGUAGGGUACCCCAACGUCGGAAAGAGCAGUCUCAUCAACUCGCUGAAGCGGUCCAAGGCUUGUGCGGUGGCGGCUCAACCAGGCUUCACGAAGGAGCUGCAGACGGUGCAGCUCGAACGUGGGCUGAAAGUCAUCGACUCACCCGGUGUCGUGUUCGACGACGACGAUUUCGACGACGGCAAGGGGAGCAAGAAGACGAACAUCCUUCUGCGGAACGUAGUCAAAGUUGAGGAUGUGGACGACCCCAUGGUGAUCGUGGAGGAGAUCCUGAGCCGGACAGAUCCCGCCAUGAUCAAGAAGCUCUACAACAUCGAGGGCUUCACCUCCCCCCUCGAGUUCCUCACCAUGCUCGCACUCACCACCGGGCGCCUUCUCAAGGGCGGCACCCCCGACAUCCUCGGCGCCGCGCGCCAAGUGCUCAUGGACUGGAACCACCAGAAGAUCCCGUACUUCUCAUCCCCGCCCGCCGUGCACCCCUCGCUCAUCCCCUCCACCGUGCCCGGGGCCAGCCACCAGAUCGCGCCCGGGGCGGAGACGGUCGGGCAGGCGCAGAUCGUCGCCGCGCUCGCGCAGCCGUUCGCGCUCGACGGGCUCUUUGGCGCCGCGGACGCGGGCGCGUUCGGGUUCGCGCCGCCUGCGGACGCGGAGAUGGGCGAUGAGGAGACGGAGGACUUCCCUGAGGAGAUGGACGAGGACGGAAAACAAAUGGAGUCCGAUGACCUCGCCCCGCACAUCCCGCGCAAACGCUCGCGCUCCCCCUCCGUCGCCUCCCGAGGGCGCGCGCCCCCGGCCCCAAAACGCCUCCGGCGCUCGCACGACGUGCCCGCGUACGACGCGCCGGUCGAGGAGCACGCGCGGCGCGCGAUGGCGAGCGCGAACCCGCUGGGCCGGCGCGUGCUGAAGCGCGAGGCGAAAAAGGCGCGGCGCGCGGCAACGCGCGCGCUCGGGCGCCCGCUGGGGGGCGGGAUGGACGUCGAUGAUGUGGGGCUGGGGGCGACGUUCAUGGAUGCUGAGGAUGCGUAG